AUGGCUGAUAAAAGUGGUUUGGAGAAACUGGACUUUGGUGCAUUAAGCAUCGCGCAACAACAGAAACUCCGACAAUUUAAGAUCAAUACGAGAAUCAACAAUGAAAAAUAUUUGAGAGAGCAUCCAGAGACGGAGGUCUUAAUAAGCGACUUUUUAAGAGAUGUAUUUCUCAAAAGACCCACAGACAUUCGAGAGUAUGCAGCAGAUUACUUCACCAACCCAAACCUUUGUUUGAUCAUUGGCUCCAAACUGCAGGGCGAUCCUGCCGACACAGGCACAGACUGA